CUUACCCCUCCCGGAAUGUGCUUGUUGGUUUAGUGGCAAUCCUCUCAACAUUUCCACUCAGCAACUACAGCGACAACCAAGUUAAGCAUUGUCAUCAGGCGUUUCCAUCCUUCUUUUACAUCGAUAUGGAGGACACAGCCGCGGCCAUUGUGAUUGAUACUGGAUCUUUGAUGAUAAAGGCUGGCUUCGCUGGUGAUGACUACCCAACCGCCGUAUUCCCGUCUGUUGUCGGGAGACCAAAGGACCAUAAGACCUCCGCUGAUGUUUGCGGCAAGGAAAACUAUGUUGGUGACGAAGCUCAGUCGAAAAGAGGGAUCCUCGAACUUUGCUACCCGAUAGAACAAGGCGUCAUCACAGACUGGCAGGACGUUGAAGCAAUAUGGCAUCAUGCACUCUACCACGAACUGCGCGUUGAGCUCCACGAGCACCCCAUUUUGAUGGAACAUGCUCUUUUCACUUCUGAUACCAGCAAGGAAAAAAUGACACAAAUCAUCUUUGAAACAUUCAACGUUCCUGCCUUCCAUGUGGCACUCAACCCAUCGCUGGCACUCUACGGCAUGGGAAGGACUACGGGGCUCGUGGUUGAAUCUGGGGAUAGCGUGACCCACGCAGUUCCACUAGUACAUGGUGGCCAUGAAGGGCUUGGAGUCCCAGUCUGA